AUGGCAGACCCUUGUAAACCUCAAGCUUGUGCCAUUCAAGAUUGUUUGAAGCAAAACAACUAUAACGAAUCCAAAUGUACCCAGGCUAUUGACCAAUUAUACGCAUGUUGUCUGAACUUUUACAAUCAGAAUGGUGAAGAAGCAAGAAGCCCUUGUUGUCCGAUUCCUAGGCUUUUACGAUUCAAGAUUAAGCAGAGAGAAAAUGAAAUGGUGGAUGCUAAACUUAUGGAGUCUUAA